CAGCUGGUCAGGUCAGCAGAGUCGCUAGAAUUCCACGAGAGCCCAGCCCGGUCAGUCGGGCAAUAUUGACGGACGGACGCCUCGGUGAAUUGUAUAUAUGCAGAAUAAGUGUAGCCGUAUCUACCACGGCUUAUUAUAUAAUAAUAAUGGUUAGCAUAUAGUUGCAGCAAAAUAUUGUCCCGAGAUGCCGUAGUAUUCAGUCUGAGCAGUCGGGCUUGCGUGCUAGCUGCAACUGAAGAAGAUGGCGAAGCAAGCUGUCCUCCUUCCCAUGGCUGCACUGGCACUGGUUCUUGGAGCACUUGCAACCAUUCCUGCAGGUGUGCGAUCCAUCGGCGUGUGCUACGGCAUGAACGGCGACGACCUGCCGUCGGCGAGCGACGUGGUGCAGCUGUACAAGGACAACGGCAUCGACUCGAUGCGCAUCUACUCCCCGGACACCGACGUGCUCCAGGCGCUGAGCGGCUCGGGCAUCGCCGUCACCGUGGGCGUCCCCAACGCGGACGUGGGCGGCCUCGCCUCGCGCCCCUCGGCCGCCGCCGCCUGGGUCCAGAGCUACGUGCUGGCCUUCCCGGCCGUCCAGUUCCGCUACAUCGCCGUCGGGAACGAGGUCGUCGCGGGGGGGCGCGUCCUGCUGCCCGCCAUGCGCAACCUCGACCGCGCGCUCUCCGCGGCCGGCCUCGCCGACGACAUCAAGGUGUCCACGGCGGUGGCGAUAGACGUGGUCGGCAGCAGCUUCCCGCCCUCCGCGGGCACCUUCGCUCCGUCUGCGGGCUACAUGGCGCGCGUCGCGCGGUACCUGCAGAGCACCGGCGCGCCGCUGCUGGCCAACCUGUACCCCUACUACUCGUACAUCAGCGACCCGGGCGCCGUCGACAUCAACUACGCGCUCCUCGCCAUGCCCGCCGGCACGGUGGUGGUGCAAGACGGCGGGUACAGCUACGACAGCCUGUUCGAUGCGAUGGUCGACUGCUUCUACUCCGCGCUGGAGAACGCCGGGGCCGGGAACGUCACCGUCGUCGUGUCGGAGAGCGGGUGGCCGUCGGCCGGGAGCGACGCGGCCAACACGACCAACUCGCAGGCCUACAGCCAGAACCUCAUCAACCACGUCGGCCAGGGCACGCCGAAGCGCCCCGGGCCCAUAGAGGCCUACAUAUUCGCCACGUUCAACGAGGACCAGAAGCUUGGAGACGACGAGACGCGGCGGCACUUCGGCUUGUUCAACAAGGACAGAUCGCUCGCGUACCCCAUCGAUUUUGUCAACCCAUAACAGCAGGAUCAUCAAUCUCGUUCUCUCUUCAAUGUUCCAAAAUUGGUGA